ACUCCUCUAUCUUGUUCUAUCCACAAACUCAUCUCAGCAGAAAUCAAAGUAUACACACAGAGAGCGAAACGACGACGAAGAAGAAGAGUAGUAGAUAUGGCUGUAGCCAACGCUUGGGCUGCGGCUGGACACGUCACCAAUAUCCGUCCUUCACUCUCUUCUUCUUCUUCUUCAUCUAAUUAUUUCCUUAAUUUCACAAAUAAAUCGUUUCUUAGGAAAAAUUCAAGGCUUUGUUGCCGAUGCGUCAAUGUAAACAGCACCUCUUCUGAUGAAAAUUGCAAUAAUAGCUGCUUCGCUUCUGAAUCCUUAGAUUGGGAUUGGAAUCGAUGGACUCGCUAUUUUACUGAAAUUGAACAAGCUGAGAGCUAUGCCUCUGUCUUAAAGUUUCAACUGGAAGAAGCAAUAGAAAAGGAAGACUUUGAAGAAGCUGCCAAAUUGAAAGCAUCUAUUGCAGAAGCCACAGCGAAGGACUCUGUUGCUGAAAUUAUGUCCAUGUUGAAGAAUGCAAUAGAUGAAGAGCGUUAUCGUGAUGCUUCAAGAUUGUCCCAAAGUACGGGAAGUGGGCUGGUUGGUUGGUGGGUUGGCUAUUCAAAAGAUUCAGAUGAUCCAUUUGGUAGACUAAUACGUAUUACACCAGGUGUGGGCAGAUUUAUCGGCAGAAGUUAUAGUCCAAGACAGUUGGUCAAAGCCUCUCCUGGAACUCCACUGUUUGAGAUUUUUGUUGUCAAAGAUGGAAAUAACACUUACAACAUGCAGGUGGUAUUCUUGCAGCGAGCCAAAGGAAGUGCAGCAAGUUCAAGUCUAUCAUCCAAAUCGAAGCCAAUGAAGGGGCCUUCAACUGCUGAAAUUGAGAACAGAGCUGUAAUUGAUGUUAAAGUAGAUGAAGCUGAAGCAGAAAAAAGCAAUGAGAAGAGCAUAGAUUUUGAGGGAGCUGCUGAAGAGGGAAUAAGAAGUGUGAUAAAUUUUCUUAAAGAUAAAAUACCUGAUCUGAAAGUAAAAGUAAUGAAAGUCAAUAUUACAGAAGAAAUAACAGAUGAUGGUGAUUCAGUGAAGCAAUUUCUGGAAGAAGAAGAUGAGAACACUAUUUCCAGUGAGGAAACUGAAGAAACAACUAGUGAUUUGGAUAACAUGAAUCCUGAUCGAGUUACUAUAGGAGGAGAUAGCGACACAAGUGAAGAUGGAAAAACUGUAGAUACCAAGCUUUUUGUAGGGGGUGUAUUACAUAAUAAAGAAGACAAUCCAGUAAAGGAAGAGUUUGUUCGUUUACCUGCUGAAAUCAAAGAUGUGGCAAGGGAUUCCUUUGUGCUUCACAUUCCUAAGAGACCUGGAGAUCCUGAUGUUGAAGAAAAUAUUGCGUCCAGCACUAAUGAGGCAGCUGUUGCAGCUCAGAGUAUCUCUGAACUAAUGCCUCCUGAUGUGGCCAAGGCAUUUUGGAGUUCUGAUAAAGUUUCUUCGAAAGUUUCUAGAGAUGUGAAAGAGAUGCUAAAGCUUGCAGUUAGUCAGGCACAGAAGCGAUACAGAUUAUCUGAAUACACAAGUUUUAGUCGAAUUACAACCUCUCCUGGGGAUUUAGAUCCUUUUGAAGGUCUAUAUGUUGGUGCAUUUGGACCUUAUGGAACUGAGGUAGUGCAAUUAAGGCGGAAAUAUGGUAACUGGAAUGUAAAUGCUGCUGAGGAAUCCUCUGAUGUUGAGUUCUUUGAGUAUGUUGAGGCAGUAAAGCUAACAGGGGAUAUUAAUGUGCCUGCUGGCGAGGUGACAUUUCGAGCUAAAAUAGGUAAAGGAAGUCGCUUGUCCAACAGAGGGAUGUAUCCAGAUGAACUUGGUGUGCUUGCUGGUUACAAAGGUCAAGGAAGAAUAGCUGAAUAUGGUUUCAAAAACCCAAGGUGGGUUGAGGGGGAACUUCUACAACUAAAUGGCAAGGGAAUGGGGCCGCACGUCAAAGGUGCAGACCUUGGCUUUCUUUAUGUGAUUCCGGAGCACAGCUUUCUUGUACUCUUCAAUCGCUUGAAAUUACCAGAGUAAAUAAAGAUACAAGUUGGUUAUAUGACUUUGAACCCAGUUGUGCGGCUAGGCUAGGAGAAGAGCAUAUUCCAUCUUCCAACAGGCUUUUCCCUUUUGCCAGAUAACUUUUGUAGUGUUUUGAUCAGAGAGGCAUCACCCUGCAAUGUGACUGAAAAAGCCAAUCCUCUCCUCUCCCUUUUUGGCAUAGUGAGUGUUUUGCUCUCCAAUAAUGGUACAUCCUUUCAGUUUUCAUCGUAAACACUAAAACACAUAUUAUGUAAUCCAUAUUUUUGUCAAGAGAUGACCUGCAUAAUAGUAUUCUAGCAGAGUUGAAAUUCA